AUGGCAGUACCAGGAAGACGCAACGGUUUGAUGAACGAUGAGGAGGAAGAAGACGCCCUAUUCGAAGACGUAGAAGAAGGAGUGUUGCUCGAACCGGAGUCCGACAUUCCUCCGCACCUCCGCGACCUUGCCGCCGCCGCCGAACUCGGCGACGUCGACGCCCUCCACGUAGAAGAAGGAGUGUUGCUCGAACCGGAGUCCGACAUUCCUCCUCACCUCCGCGACCUUGCCGCCGCCGCCGAACUCGGCGACGUCGACGCCCUCCGCCAAGCCCUAGAUAAUCUGAAUGGCAGUAUUGAUGAACCAGUGGAAGAUGGGGACACUGCUCUUCAUCUGACCUGUCUCUAUGGCUAUCUUCCUUGCGUACAGCUAUUGUUGGAAAGGGGAGCUUGCUUGGAGGCUAAGGAUGAAGAAGGGGGAAUUCCUCUGCAUGAUGCUUGUGCAGGAGGAUUUACGGAGAUAGUCCAACUUCUAAUCAAUAGCGCUAAUGAUCCCGUGUGUGUAAAGAGAAUGCUUGAAUCUGUUGAUGCAGAAGGUGAUACGCCUCUUCAUCAUGCAGCAAGAGGUGAACAUCUGGAUAUUAUUCAAUUGUUGCUGGCCUCUGGUUCUUCUCCUACUAAGACAAAUAUUUAUGGGAAGAUCCCGUGUGAGCUUGCUGAUCCGGGGACAGAAGCUUGGAGAAUUUUGGAAGAGGUUGCUGGUAUUGUGGCAAUCCAUUAG